AUGGGUUCGUCUUCGAGUAAAAAGCAGAAUAACCAAGGUCAACAAGGAGUUCCUCUUCAGCAGGUUCCUCAGCAGCAAGCGCCUGUACAGUCGAUGCCUGCUCAACAGCCGGUUCCGCAGGGGCAAGGUUUUGUACCACCUCAACAGCCUAUGAUGGCAAGUGCUCCUCCUCAGCAAUCUGGUAUGGCACCCGUUUCUCAACCGCGGCCAGUAAUGACAGCACCUCAGCAACCUGUGAUAGCACCUGCUUCUCAGCAGCCUCAAAUGGCUACUAUGCCUCAACAGCCUCAAAUGGUUACUAUGCCUCAGCAGCCUCAACCGGUAAUCGCAGCACCGCAACAACCUCAACCGGUAAUCGUAGCACCACAACAGCCUAUGGUAGUACCUUCUCAACAACCUCAGCCGGUGAUCGCAGCACCUCAACAACAGCAGCAACCCAUGAUAGUACCUUCUCAACAAGCUCAAAUGGUUACUAUGCCUCAACAGCAACAACCUAUGAUGGCUCCAAUAUCUCAGCAACAACCAAUGGUUGCUUCACCACAAUCACCGCCAGUACAAGGCGGUUAUUUUUAA